AUGUACAUAAUAAACAAUGAAGAUGACACCCAGCUCACUCAUCACGUGGAGCCUUGCUUCGUUGACCAUCUGCCUCGCCCAGUCCAGUCACCAUGGCAACUGAACAGCCUCAGGCCCGGCCUCCAGCAGCCAUUGGUCAAGAUCGUCGCUUACCAAUUCCAAUCAGCAAUGAGCGUAGUCGAGGGCAACGCACGGACACCUGUCAGCUUUGUUGUUGUACCUGUCAGUGAUCUGGGUUACCCUGUUGGUUCACCAGGGAGUAGCAUCUGGGCUUAUACACCAGGGAGCAGCGGUGACUGGAUCCCAAGUAGCAACUUAGAGGACAUACCAGGCACAGCAGCUAACAGGAUGCCUAACUUCCCCCAUCAAGACACUGUCAAGAGAGGAUGGCUUCCAAAUGAACAAACACCUGUCAGCCGGUUUGGUGAGCAACAUGAGCCAAUGUCUGGCAUGCAUCAUAACAUGGCCAUGGGAGAUGGGGGAGGGGUGACAGCUCAUGGAAUGGCAGGAAUGGUCUGGAACCCUGUAGCCACCGUGCAACUUCAUGGCACCAAUCCAAAGGUGUGGGGAGCAUGGAGCCAGUCAGUCAUGUGACAUGAGGACACCUCUCUGUCCAUUCCUAUAGAGGGCGCUGUUCAUCAUAGCUGCAGCAUCCACAAGUGAUAGUUAAGUUAAUUAAUUUUUCUUCAAUGGCCAGUAGCCAUAGAGGGCGCCAUAAUGCUAUAUGUUUUUUUCACAGACAUAUUAACACAUAGACCGCCAGUCGUGCACGUGAAACCGUGAUUUAAUAAUUGGGCAAAAUGUUUGUUGACAGCGCGCAUAACUGCGAUGCCACUCAAUGCGCCAACGCACUUAGUACAGUACAUACAUUUAAAUACUAUUCAUAAAUUAUUUUGGUAAAGGCUGUAUUACUCAAAAGUUGCUUGAAAAUGUUGGGUACCGUAUUGAUUUUAAUCUACGGAAAUCAUAUUUAGUUAACAAGGGAUUGGUUUACAAUCAAAAACUUUACAAUUUUUUUUUUACAUGUUUGACUGGAAUUCGUCGACUGUGGGUAAAAUCCUAUACCGAGAGGUGAAUUUGCCCAUAGUUUUGAGUUUAGUCGGGCGCUAGUCAAAUCACGAAAUGCUCAUGUAGUUUUGAAUAGGAUUUGGCCGUCUAUGCAUUUAUAUGUUUGUUGCCUUACCUGCCAAAAAAUUUGCUGACGGCAUAAUUCAAAGAAAAGAACGAAAACGAAAUAAUUAGGCCUUGGAAUAAAAAAAUUGUAUCAAUUCUGUGAAAUUGAAGAUGAUUGUAAACUGCGAGUAGUUUGUAUUUAACUUUAUUCAUGUUAGGC